CAUACACACACACGCUACUGCAGCUCAGCCAGCUAAACCACUGUUUGCCUGUCACCGUUAGCCUCCAGCAUCCCGUCUGCAUGAAGAAAACAAAACAGCUGAUCUUUUUUAGCAUUUUAGCCUUUAAAUUUUUUUCUUUUUUUAUCACUGAGCUGUACUUCACAAAAAGAUUAGCAGAAAAAGAAGUGCAGAAAGCCGGCUGCUUCUACUGUCUGCUUCCUCCUCACCCUCCCUCCCACCAUCCUCUCUCUCUCUCUCUCUCUCUCUCUCGCUCACACACAUCCUCAUCUCAUCCACACCCAAGGAUACCCUCCCCGCCUCUCCGCCACUGUCUCUCUCACACCGGUCCUUCUCCUCUUCCCCCCGUAACCCCUUCAACUACAUUUCUGUUUCCUCUGGGGUGGAGAUGCUCGCCUGACCCCGCUUUCUUUCCAGUCCAAGACUUUUGUGGAUGCGCUACUGUUCAAUUGGUCCCUGCCCUGCUACUUUGUUGCUACCUGUGGAGGUUCCCUGGUUUUCUGGUUCAUCUUCUACCGUCCUCCGCACAGAGUGCAACCCCACAGAGAGGCACCAUGCUGGGAUUGGAUGUGUGUGAGGUUGGGGGUCAGGUGCUGGAGCUGCUGUGGUUAACUAUGUGCUACAGAGGUCUGAUGGCUGACAAGAAGGAUUUGCCAAUCGAGGAGGAGGAGGACGAGAGAAACCUCAAUUACAAUCCUCCGGCUCAGAAGUCCUUGCAGGAGAUCCAAGAGCUGGACAAAGACGACGAGAGUCUGGUCAAGUACAAGCAGACCCUGCUGGGCACGGGACUGGGGACAGCAGACCCCUAUGGGCCAAAUGUCUGUGUGACCAGGAUGACCCUGCUAUGUGACCAGGCUCCUGGACCAAUCACCAUGGACCUGACAGGAGACCAGUGCACUCUGAAGGAGAAGAGCUUCACCUUACAGGAGGGAGCAAAAUACAGAGUAAAGAUACACUUUAAGGUGAACCGAGAGAUCGUUGCUGGCUUGAAGUACCAUCAUUUGACCUACAGAAAAGGAAUAAAGGUGGACAAGGUGUGGUACAUGGUGGGAAGUUACGGCCCAAGGGCGGAGGAGUUCGAGUUCGUUGGCCCGGUGGAUGAGGCACCCAGAGGCAUGUUGUCACGCGGCCCCUAUCAAAUCAGGUCCAACUUCAUCGACGAUGACAAGAAUGUUUACUUGGCCUGGGAGUGGAACCUCGAGAUCAAGAAGGACUGGAGUGAUUAGAGGGGAGAGAGGGAGAGAAAGGGAUGAUGUCAUACUCUCUUCCCUUCUUUCACUCCUUUUCUUCACCUCCCUCUCUUCCUUCCUCUCUUCGACCCACCUCCCUGUUGUCCUGGGAGAGCAGCCUUUACACUGGCUACAACAGGGGGCUCUAUUCCUCCGCCUCCUCCUCUUCCUCUUUAUUCUCCUCUUCUACAUUUUCUUCCUUGUCUCUUUCAUGCGGUGCUCCUGAAACCUGUGAGGAGCUGGGACUUUAAGAGGAGAGAAUCCCCACUUUCUCUGCCUUUUCCCCUUGAAUUAUAAUUGCGUUUUUAUCCCACCCAUACUAAGUUACCCACAUUUUCAGUCUCCUUUCUGCCGCACCUUCAUACAGCGGCAGUAGAUGGUCUCCAAAAGCAGGUGAUUAAAGGAAGUAUGUGGAGGGACAAAGAAAAGACAAAGACCUUGAACAGUUACAGCUAAAGGGUCCUGUAUCUUAUACCCACGCAAGUGUCUUUGCUAGACUUAAACCAAUGCAGUUGUCAUAUUUCCUGUUCGGUGCCCAUGUUGAUUAAAUAGCAAACGCACUUGUGCCCAGCUGAGCACCGAUGGGUGGUCAGAAGCAUUGCUGUCUUGAGGCUGUGGAAAACCUGAUCUGGAGUCAGUGGCGCAGUAUUUGGCAGUGAUUUCAGGGGCACUGUAUACGUUCUUUCCCAGAGUCAAAUCUAAACUCACAGGCGUGACAGAAAUUUUUAGAUCCAGUGCGACUUGUGGUACUGGAUAUCAUUGUCUCCAAUAUCCACCACAAAUAUAUUUGAAUACAUCCACUUAAAAUUUGUAGGAUAAAAGUAGUUACAGGUCCAAAACUGAAGAAUGAUUGUCCUCCACACAGAGUGGCCAAAUCUAGUUGUCUCAAUUUUGUCCCAUGGUUUAGAAGUCAGUAAUAUGACUUCAUUUGCCCGAGGCUCAUAUGUUUUCUUUAUUUAAUUCUUUAGCUACUGCAUAUAUAAGGAACGUUUUAGAGUCCUUGAAUAAAAUACUGACAUACUAGGUGAAAAUGUUGUCUUGCCAAACCAUUAGUAUACUGGUAUGAAAACAAAAAUAAUUCAGAUUUGCCUCUCUUCCAAAUGUACACUACAUUCAUUUGAUCUUGGACUUGAGUUUUGUUUUUAGUUGUGUUUACUUUCAAAGCACUAGAGUCUUUGAGCUUUUUGAAUGAGCAGACCAAUUAAAGAUGGUAACUGAACUGUGUAUAUUGUAGAAAGAGAUGCAUGCAUGUCCUUUAGGAUUUGAUACUAUUCCCACAGUAAAAAAUAAACAAAAUGAUCCCUUUCUAAACCGCUCUCCUAUACCAAGGACACAAGAAGUGAUUCAAAAUACGCUUUUAAUGAUGGUAUACUGUGAGAGAAGUACAUCAAGGAAUUAUAAAUUCCUCCUAGAAAAAAAAAAUACUGCGUUAAGUCUUUGGCUAUGAUAUAAUCAUUGUUGCUCAACAUAAUGAACAUUGAACUACCAUUUGAAAGUGUUGUGAACUAAAACUAACUGUAAAUGUUUGCUUGUUGUGUGUUGCAUGGUUUAACCAGAUUUUCUCUUCCUUUUUUUACGACUUUAUUGUAAAAUUUACUGUGACUUAAGACAAAAAAAAUAAUUGAAAAGAUACAGAUGCAAUAUCCAGACCACACGUGUUGCCAGAUACUGCAGAUUCAGUAUUUACAGGGAUAUUUUUAAAGGCACAGAUAGCAGCAGCAGCCUGUGUCCCGUGCCCCAAGUCUGCAACAAUCAAGAACUGCAUCUUCAAAUGUUGGUGUCAAAUCUAGUAUCCUGUAUCUUUUAAUAAAGGCAAUUCAAACAACCA